AUGUGCAUCAAUUUGGAUACAGUUUCCCCCCAAUAGGAAGAUUGAACACUGAUACCCUUAUAUGGAUGCAGGGAUUAAUGCUACAGAAAUGGAAUACAACCAUGGGAAAAAUGAUUAGGAAUGCAUUAAUAAUGAAAGAAACGGUCAUUAAAAACUUUGAAGCCAGCACUAGUAUGAAGAGUACCAUGGUGUCCAAAACAUUUGACCCAAUAGCAAUGGGAUGGGAUAAACGCCAGUUAGACCCCACUCCGUUAACCGGAGGAUACGUACAAUUAGCAUGCUAUGGAGGCAUUAAAUUCCAUGUAAACCAAGGGGAUAUAGCUGGCACCAGGGAUCAGACCCUUCGAACAGAUCCCUCUCUAGCAGAUUGGGCUAGAUAUACCCUUGAACCCAUGACCGCCCGGUGGCUGAUGGGAGGGUAUAAGGAAUGGGCCAUAAAGCUAAUGUGGCCACAACAGGACGAACCAUGGGGAGACCUAUGGGGAAAAGGGUCAGACUGGGAUAAGAAUAUGACCCUGACUUGGAAUAUGUCCACGUGUAAACAGUUAUUUGACAAUGGUACGGUAUCAGAAGGGUGCAGUAUAAUUCAACGAAACUUGGAACUGUUAAAAACUAUGGGGCAGGAAAACUACUGUAACAUAUUGAAGAGAAGGUUCUGGGACAAAGGAGCAGAUGGCAUAACGUGGUAUCGAGACGAGGACACCACUAUGAGUAAUGGUUUAGGAGUCAACUGGUUAACUAGAGCAUGGGGAGGUUUUACCACAGGGAUGGCUAAAAUGGCAAAUGAUAUAAUAGUGGAACCAGUAAAUAAGGUGGUCACAGCCAUAAAAGACAAAUGGGAGGAAGUCACUUCAUGGUGGCAAGAAAUGAAAGAAAGAUUCUGCCUAGGAAUAAGUAUCACAGUAGGGAUCUUGAUAUUCAUAGCGCUUAUGAUAGCCCUAAGUUACGUCAAAAGAAUGGGACUUCCAGUAGAUGCAGUACUGAGGAAGGGGUGGCUAUCCCUAUUUAAAAUAAUUAAAAUAACCCUUAGACUACUGAGAGAGUUAUUAAAGUUAAUGCUAAAACUCUUGUGGAAGAUAUGCAAAGGAGUAAUAAUGUGGACUAUGGUAUACGAGAGAGUACAUCAAAGAUCUCCUGGCUGAUUAGAGGAACGGGAGACAGAGGGAACACGGGUAGACCUACUAGAGGUCACGAACUUGUGACCCGCCGAGGUGUCAUAGUAAAGGAAGUAGGCAGUGCCUGACAAGGGGAGGGGGCACUGGCUGAAGGUGAAUAAAGGGUAGCUGUUUCUGCACAAUAAGGCACAAAUGACUUAAGCAGCCUGAGUACAACACAAUAAAGAAAAGCUUCUAAACCAUAGAAACUACCAACAACCUCCUAAGAAAAUGGCAUCCAACUCCUCCAACCAAUCCGACUUUGAGAACAGGGACCUGACUCAAAGAGACCCCCAGGAGGAGGUAGCUAUAACAUUGUGUCAACUACUACAGAUUAUGAUUUGGGGAAUGUUGGGUUGGAAAAAUAGGCAGGGUCAGGGGGUUAUAACAUUGUUAGCAAUAAUACUUAGCACCCUAGUGGCAGUGAUUAGGUUUGGUUUGGUUUAUCCAAAGGACAGACUGUAAUGUUGUCUAUGGUACCUGUGGUGGUAAUACAACAAGUGGCACCAGUACUGGGGAAGCAUUAUGGGUUGAUACAAUUUGGAGAAACUAUGGCAACAGUCUUCGGCGCAAUAGGCCAGAUAGGAGGCUUUAAAGUAAACAUGACAGAUACCACAGGGCUAUGUGAACAAUUGAAGGGAUUUGCAUACGCUGGAUGGGUAAUGGAAGGGCUAAUUUUGGUAAUAAUAAUAAUGCAGUUGUGGAAAGAACUAAAAAAACAGAAAAAUAAAAGAAGCCAAAUUAGGAGACAGGUAUUAGGAAAAGCACUACCCAUGGUAAUAUGGGUAGUUAUAGCUAUGGCCCUUAAUGCCAUUGCACCAUUUUCACGGGAAAUGGAAUGAACUAUGGCAAUUAUGGGUUUUGUGCUUACCAAUCUUUUCUCCCCCUCAUAUCCUUAGGAAAACCCAGAGAAGUGCGACAGGGUAAGACCUGGAUAUUAUUUAAAACAAGACGGGGAGAGGGAGGAAAGGGUGGGCAAAAAAGGUAGGAUAGUUAGAGUAGAAGAGAGUAGGUGGCUAUGGUGUAAGGGAGCUGAGGACAGAGUCAUGAUAAAUUGUGGGCGAUGUGGGAGAUUGGCCCCCGGAGAAUUGGAGCAGGAAGACAUACAUGGGGUAGUCCUAUCUGGAACCACAUGCUAUGCGAGGAUUGUUAUGAACCUCAUGAGGCGUAUCUGAUAGAAAGAAUAGGUGAGGAGGAGUACUUUGGCGCAGUUACAUCCUGGGGAUUCGGGGUUAACAUGAAAGCCACAGCAGGAAGGCGUAGAGUGGCGAUAGGAAGGAAAGAGAUUACAAUAGUAGACUUCAAAGAUAGUAGCAAAUGCCCAUGUCGGCCAGCGAAUUGGAAAUAUGGAUCACCACCUCUGGUGAUGAAAAAUUUAAGGACAACAAUGGAAAGAGACACAAGGAGAGAGCCCCAAGUUAUGCUAGGGGACUUGGAGAAAUGUUGGACCAAAGAGGACUUAGAAGUCCUGGAGAAACAUCUGUGCUACACGAGGCGGGAUAAGGCCGGGGCAGAGUGGCACGAGAGUACAGUCAGGAGGUUUGGCCUUAAGUGGAAGAUGUUGGAUUGCAACAUAGGGGCUUGCAUGACCGACAACAGAUGGGUAGAAAUGAUGUUAGGAGAUAUCUAUAGGCCAAGAGCUAGUAAACAUGGAGUGAGGAGGAGAUUAACUGAGGAAGAGGUACGGGCCCAGAAAAAGGUAGAGGGGCAAGGAAAAGAACCAGUUUUCCUUAUAGAAGGAAGUAAGGAAGAACAUGGAGAGGGACCAGGUUUGAAGAUAAGGAGACUAAGAAGGUAUACCCCAAGGCACAGACAGGAUAAUCAGAGAUCAAGGAAAGAAAGGGAGGAAAAACAGAAAGAGAGAGGUAGGCAGUUAGUGAAAGGAUGGUUUGGGUGUGGCUCAAAAGACAAUGGCCCUAGCGGGCUGCCAGACGCAGGAGUUAGGAGGCAGACGGCACAGGGGCCAGCCUGGAGACCUAUCUGGGCGCUAAAGGCAACAGAGGGAAGACAAUGUAAAACCAUACAAGGAGAUGGAUCAGAGCAUAAGGGCGAGGGACCUAACUGGUCCAAAAUUGCAGAUCUUACUAGUUCAGUAGUAAGGUGUGAGGCAGCAGCAGGAGAUCUGAGAAGGGAGCUGAAAUACAUUGGGGAUGAACUUAGAAGCAUGGUAAACCCCAGAAGUAGGAAGGGCAAGAAGAAGGCCAAGAAAGGGAGGUGACAAUAACAAUGGUCUAACCAAUCUUCCCUGAAUUAUAGGAAUCAGAAGCUUCAGAGGAAGAACAGAUGUAUGAGGAAGCAAAGAUCCUAGGAGAAUGGUGUAUGGCUAGGAUGGAGACAUUCAUUAAACAUUGGCAAAUAAUGGAUAGGCCUGACCUGAAUGACUGUUGCGAGGGGCAUAUGUUGUGUUGGGAAAAUACCAAGGAACUAGACCUAUGUGGAGGGUGUGCAUUUAAUGUAAAGGGGACUCUACAUGGAAGGCUAAAUUGGCGAGGGAAAGAUUUGGAGAGUGUGUGUUUAGGUUGCUUAGAGGAAGCCAGAGAUUGGCCAAAAAUGAGGGUAAUGGUAAAAAGAGGGAUGGCUUGGAAAAUGACCCAGAAGAAGAAGAGGCAAAGUUGAGGGUUGUGUAUAAUGGUAAAGAAAUAUAAUGGGACAGGCAAACAGGGAAGAUAGAGUUAUCAGGGCUAAACAAUGAAAUAUAUUACACAGGAUGGAGCCAGGACCAGGGGAGGAUGGAAGCAUCGGUGCGAGCAUUGUUCUAGCAUAACCAAAGGGAAAAUAAUUAGAGACACAAGAUCUGGGAAUAGCCUUAUUACAUAUUUUUGUAAAGCUUGCUUUUGUGGUGCAACAUGCAAUAAGUUAGGGUACUGUAAAUAUAAUGAAGAUGAAGCAGAGGACUGGCCCAAAGAUGGGGCAUAUGCAAACAUUGUGGUGAACGGAAGAUUAGCAGUUAAGUCAGUAACGAGUGAUGGUCAGUACAUCAAGAGUAGGUAUUGGUUGAAGAUGGAAGAUGGACAGGAGGUUAGCUAUGGCAUGGUACAGAGGAUAGAUGGGCUAAUGUUAGGGGUACGCUAUAAUGGGAGAAUAAUGAGGCAAGGAACUAAGAGAAAUGAGUGUUCAGAUGCUGGAGCGGGUGUGACAAGAGAUGAAAAGAAUCUGCCCACUCCAUCAAGCAAUGGGGGCAACAACACAGGGCAUCCACGGGACCUCAUGGAACGCACCUGCAGAAACUGGACAACAGGGAGAAGCAGAGGAGAUACCUAUCAUAGACUUCUCCCAGCUGACGCUUGACAUACCAUCUACGCCACCUCCAGUGGUAGAAACAACCAGCUGGUAUGAUUGAGUGGAAUCAGCCAACAGUAACACGGAAGCAGCAAUGUGAGAGUCAGUAGUGCAUGACCUUAAAGGGUAAUAAUAGGAAGCUUCCAUUUAACACACAGGCCUAAGAUUACGUAGGUCUACAGCCCCAGUGGGAACUUCCCCUUUAAAAAGAUAUAUAAAGAGAACAGAGAUCAUAACACAGCAUGAUCCUCACUAACAUAUGAAGCAGACGUCAUAUGGAGAAUCAUCAUAGGUAAAUUUACUAUUGCACUAUACGCUUUUUGAUAGAGUAAAACAAUAUUUUGAGAACCGGAUAUUUGUGCUUAAGUACUUAUUGGGUCAUACUCUGAAGAAGCUGGUUGAAUCUUGUGAAACCGACUGAGUCUCCGAAAAACAGAGGUCUAACCACCUCUUGAUCACAUAGACAAAGCGGGCGUUCGUAUUUUUGACACCAGAAACCAGAGGUGAUUAGCAAUUCAAGGAAAAACAGCCAAGUACCAGUUACCAUAUAUUGCAUCUAUGCACAGAGUUGGAAGUGAAUAGUAUUAGGAUAUACACUUUUUGUUGGACUAGAACAAUAUUUUGAGAGCUGGAUAUUUUUGCUUAAGUACUUAUUGGGUCAUACUCUGAAGAAGCUGGUUGAAUCUUGUGAACCCGACUGAGUCUCCGAAAAACAGAGGUCUAACCACCUCUUGAUCACAUCGACAAAGCGGGCGUUCGCAUUUUUUGACACCAGAAACCAGAGGUGAUUAGCAAUUCAAGGAAUAAUAGCCAAGUACCAGUUACAAUAUAUUGAGUCCAUACACAGAGUUGGAAGUGUAUAGAGAUACUGGAAUUCGGAAUCUAGCGUCAUAGCUGCGAGAAUACCGAUUACGGGAAAGUGACCAAAGGGCUGAGCAUUUAAGGCCUAGGACCAUGCCUCAGGACUACCUGGUAUGAUGACUCCUUGCUGUCCCCACUUCACCUGGCCGUGCUGCUGCUCCAGUUUCAACUGUUCUGCCUAUGGAAUCCUGAGCUGUUCACCGGACUUGCUACCUGUCCCAGACCUGCUGUUUUCAACUCUCUAGAGAUAGCGGGAGCGGUAGAGAUACUCUCAAUGAUUGGCUACGAAAAGCCAACUGACAUUUA